UUGGACAGUAACUUAUGAUAAUCGAAUCUAAAUUUAUAAAUGGGAAUUCAAACUUAAUUAAUUUUUUUCCCCAAACAUGUUGCUUGUUUAUUUGGAUGAAAAAGACUGAAAUAAUUUGCUCUCAAAACCUCCAUUUUUUCUUUGCUGACCAAAACAAACCCUCCAAAUUCCUUUUCGUAGUUUUGGCAGCCUUCAAUUUCCUUCUUAAAUUUCUCUCCUUUGUGAAGAAAUACGAAAGAAAGAUCUCCCCUUUGCGAUUUUACCGAAGAAUCGAAAGCAGAACCUGGUUUAUAUAUAUAUAUAUGUAUAUAUAUAUAUAAAGUGAAAGGGACGUCUGGCAUUCUUUGAAAAAUCUUUCCUUUUGUUUUUGGCUUUCUCUCUUCUUCAUAGAGAGCUUUGAUCUCACAGACCCAGUCGAGCACGGUUUCUGAAGAACCGCACACCUUUGCUCGAUAUCUCUCUGAGAUCUCUCUCUCCUUCCUCGCAUUUUGGAAAUCGUUCUUCCGUCCAUCUCCGCGUGGCUGGACGAAAAAUGGGUACUUUUAUAUGUCCCUCUUUCUCGGGUUCUCCGGUCUUAAAUGCAUCUGAUAUCUUGGAUCCGUUUUUUCCUUGAUCUGAUCAGUUUCUGUUUUGUCUGAACGUUAUCCAUUAUGAUGUGGGUUUCGUUUUAAAUCUCCUGAUUUGGGUGUUGAUCGGUCUGUCGAGAAUUUGGUUUCUGCUCACCAGAUGGUGGGCUUAUGAUUGUGAAGGUAGUAGAUGAUUGUGAAGGUUUUAGUUGAGACUAGAUUUGUCUGGUUCUAUUGGCAAUAUAUAUCUCCAGAUAUAUAUUGAUAUAUUCAGUUGUAUAUACGUUUAGAUUUGACGCUAUCUCUUCCUAUUUUAGCUAGAGUUGGUUGUUACGUUUUGUACAUAAAUAGAUGUUCGAGCAUAUGAAAUACAGAUCAGAGAAAGACUUUUCUGAAACAUCUCUUUUAUAUCAUGGUAUCAGAGCCCUACCAAUUCUGAUUUCGUGUUCUUCCACCGACAUUCAUGUCUACCACCUCAACCUCACCGACGUCUGCCGAUCUGACGGUGUCCUCGACUCCGACACCCGCGACUUUUGAGGCUCCGAGGAGAACAAUUUCUCCUUAUGAUCUGAGUCCCAGCGAUAACCCCGGAUUGGUUCUCUCGCAUCCGUUGUUACGAGGAACCAAUUACGAAGAGUGGUCCAUUAACAUCCGACACGCAUUGAAAUCUCGGAAGAAAUUCGGUUUUGUGGAUGGCAAGAUCCCUCAACCGGAUCUAGAUUCUCCCGAUUACGAGGAUUGGGAAACGAAUAACUCCUUGAUCGUUUCUUGGAUCAAGAAUACGCUCGAACCUGGAUUGCGUUCCGAUGUCAUUCAUCGUGAAUUCGCGAGAGACUUGUGGGAUUAUCUCAAACGCCGUUUCGGUAUGACUAAUGCCACUCGUCUUCUUCGUCUUCGAGCCGAUUUAGCGAACUGUCGACAAAAAGGUAUGUCUGUUGAAGCUUAUUUCGGUAAGCUAACGAAGUUGUGGGACGAUCUUGCGAGUGUUCGUGUAUUGAAGAGCUGCAAGUGCGGUCUUUGCACGUGCAACCUUGUGACUGAAUUGGAAAAACAAAAACAGGAGGAUCGGCUUUAUGAAUUCUUGCUUGGCUUGGACGACAUCAAGUACGGCGUUGUCCGUUCGACGUUGUUGUCCCGAGUUCCUCUUCCCACAGUCGAAGAAGCCUACCUGAUCGUUACUCAGGAUGAAGAAUCGAAGGGUUCUUUGUCUAGGGUUGCUGAUGUCUCGGCUUUCUCUGCCGUUUCGGUCGACAAAACCCGUGCGACGUCUGCUGUCAAGGACAAAACGAUGGUAUGUUCUAACUGCGGUCGCACAGGACAUUCGGCGGAGUCGUGUUUUCAAAUCCUGGGCUAUCCGGAGUGGUGGGGUGAUCGUCCUCGGAAUCGUACAAAUCGUGGUCGUGGUGGUUCCUCUAGCUCUCGUGGCCGUGGAGUGGCUCGUUCGAACGCAGUCUCGGCUGCCCCUGCUGCGUCUUCUCCGGCGAUCCUCGACUCUGACAAACCCCCUGUAAGUGGUCUUAGCAACGAACAGUGGCAAACAUUGGUCUCGCUCCUCAAUGCCGGAAAAAUCGGAGCUACGGAGACUAUUUCUGGUAUGUGCUCUAAUGUCCCUUGGAUACUCGACACUGGUGCCUCUCACCACAUGACCGGAUGUCCUGAGUUGUUGACGAACUUGUCUCCGAUGACAUCGUCGAGCAUCAUUCUUCCUGAUGGCCGACAAUCGUUCGCUUCUCAGUCCGGCUCCGUAUUUUUGACAGCGCAUCUUCAUUUGUCGAAUGUGUACCUCGUCGAGGGAUUACAUGUUAAUCUCAUCUCCGUCUCUCAACUAUUGGACGAUCGUGAUUUCUUUCACGCGUCCUUUGCUGUGUCUGUUAAUUUGGAGAGGCUGGUUGAGUGGUGUCUAUGUUGUUGGAUAACCAUGUGCCUUUGA